CUUUAAAUGCUGUCUCCUCUCUCGCUCUGCCGCCUUGCUGAGCUCAGAUGCAGAUGCUGGCUCCCCCCUGCAUGUGCAGUGAGAACGGGUGUCUUGCUGAGUCAUGGGUUGUUUCCUCACAUUGUUGAAAUCAAUACAUCCUCGGCUAGGCUGUAUGUAGGGGACUCAUCUGCUACAAAUCCCCUGCUAGCAUGAAAAUAUAUUUUAGCAUUUAGGUCAAAACGAAGACGUGUGCGCGAAUGAGUGCAGGUGGGGCUGCUCUACAUCGCGAUGAUCGCUGCAGCGUUUCUAGUUUUAUUGAGACCAUUAAGCAUCCAGUGUGUUCUGAUAUUAUUGCUGCUUUUACUUGGAACUGUCGCGACAAUCUUAUUUUUCUGCUGCUGGCAUCGCAGGCUUCGUAGCGGAAAGCAUCCUAUAAAAUCUGUGCUUUCUGGGCGCUCAAGGAGUCGUGCUGGUUUCCGAACACAUCAUUUUCGAUCUGAGGGCUUUCGGCAUAGCCCACGUCAUGCCAGGCGGAGUGCCAGAGCGCGUGUGGCGGAAGAGACCAAGCCUCUUGUCGACAUAGUCGAGAGUGAACCAGACUCAACUCCCACACUGAGAAAACGUAAAGUGAAGAAAAGAGUCCAGCCUGAAUUUUAUCAGUCUAUUCAGGUCACUCCAACACGUAAGCCCAGCUCCGGUUCGGGGAACGCAUCGCUUCGUUGUUCUAUGUCUUCAUCGGCGGAUUUUUCGGAUGAUGAUGAUUACAGUGUGAAAUCUGGGUCUGUCUCACCGGCACCUGGGGACACUUUACCGUGGAAUUUACCCAGACAUGAACGCUCUAAGCGAAAAAUUCAGGGAGGAUCCAUACUGGAUCCAGCCGAGAGAGCGGUGCUCCGGAUUGCUGAUGAAAGAGACAGAGUGCAGAAAAAGACAUUUACCAAAUGGAUAAACCAGCAUCUCCUUAAGGUACGAAAACAUGUAAAUGACCUAUACGAAGACUUGAGAGAUGGACAUAACCUGAUCUCGCUGCUGGAGGUCUUGUCUGGAGAAACACUGCCGCGGGAGCGUGAUUUUCUGAAGACGUUGCGGUUGGUGAGUGCGGCUGACGCAUGCGCAGAUGUGCAGCAUGGGGAUGCGCAGGAUGAUGUUGAUGAUGAAGAUAAGGGGCCUCGGGAGAAAGGCCGAAUGCGCUUCCACAGACUCCAGAAUGUACAGAUAGCACUGGACUACUUAAAGAGGAGACAGGUGAAACUGGUGAACAUCAGGAAUGAUGACAUCACAGACGGAAAUCCCAAACUGACACUGGGGUUAAUAUGGACCAUAAUUCUGCACUUUCAGAUCUCGGAAAUCCAUGUGACGGGAGAGUCCGAGGACAUGACGGCCAAGGAGCGUCUGCUGAUGUGGUCUCAGCAGAUGACCGAGGGCUACGUGGGCGUCAGCUGUAAUAACUUCACCUCCUCCUGGAGGGACGGAAGGCUGUUCAACGCCAUCAUUCACAAAUACAGGCCUGACCUGGUUGACAUGAGCAGGGUGUCAGCACAGACCAGCAGGUCGAAUCUAGAACAAGCGUUUGGUGUGGCUGAGCAGCUUGGCGUUGCCAGGUUACUGGACCCAGAGGAUGUGGAUGUACAGACUCCGGAUGAGAAAUCUGUCAUUACCUACGUUUCAACACUGUAUGACGUCUUCCCAAAAGUACCAGAGGGGGCUGAAGGUAUCAGUGCAAAUGAUGUCGACAUUAAAUGGGUGGAAUACCAGAACAUGGUAAACUACCUCAGCCAGUGGAUCAAACACAACGUGGCUGUCAUGUCUGACAGAACGUUUCCCAACAACCCUAUGGAGCUCAAGGCACUUUAUACACAGUAUCUGCAGUUUAAAGAGAGCGAAAUCCCAUCGAAAGAGAAUGAGAAGUCCAGGAUCAAGGAUCUGUAUAAAAUGUUAGAGGUGUGGAUGGAGUUUGGUCGGAUCCACCUUCCCCAAGGCUACCACCCCAACGAUGUGGAGAAGGAGUGGGGGAAGCUGAUCGUGGCCAUGCUGGAGCGGGAGAAGAGCCUGAGGCCUGAGGUGGACAGACUUGAAAUGUUGCAGCAAAUUGCAAACAGAGUCCAGCGAGACUGUGUGGCAGGUGAAGACAAGCUAGCGUUAGCGCACACAGCUCUGCAGUCUGAUGCUAAGCGGCUGGAAUCUGGGAUCCAGUUUCAGAAUGAGGCUGAGAUUGCAGGGCAUCUGCUUGAGUGUGAGAACCUUCUGAGGCAGCAGGUGGUGGACAUCCAGAUUCUCAUGGAUGGCAGGUUCUACCUGGCUGAUCUACUUGUUCAAAGGGUCUCCAAGCUUCGGGAUGACCUGCUGACCCUCAGGUCGGAGUGCUCGUCGGUCUACAGCAAAGGCCGCACACUAACCACGGAGCAGACCAAGAUGAUGAUCUCCGGGAUCACACAGAGCUUGAACUCAGGUUUCUCUCCCAACCUCAGCGCUGGACUCACCCCCGCCCUUACCCCUGCCAACUUUACCCCCGGGGGCCUCUCCUCCAGCCUGACGCCGUGCCUAACCCCCGCCAUGACUCCGGCCAUGACUCCGGCGAUGACCCCAGGCAUGCAGGCCACCUCUCUCCAGACCUACAUUGGUGGAGGUGGAGGUGGCAGCGGUGGUGGUGUUGGAGGGAUGGACGUUGGGGCUAUGCAGCACCUCAAACAGAUGCAGAUCCGCAAACCCCUCCUGAAGUCGGCUGACCCCAACCUGAGCGAAGAGGAGGUCAACAUGAGCUACGUGCAAGAUCUGCUCAACUGGGUGGAGGAGAUGCAGGUUCAACUGGAUAAAGGAGAGUGGGGAUCCGACCUACCGAGUGUUGAAACGCAUCUGGAAAAUCACAAAAGUGUUCAGCAAGUGAUCGAGGACUUUCAGAUGAGCCUUAAGGAAGCCAAACUUAGUCAGAGUCAAAUGAACCAACCAUUGAAAGCCAGUUACUCUGAGAAGCUGAGCAAAUUGGAGAGCCAGUAUGGGAAACUGCUGAACUGUUCGAGGGAUCGAAAGAAGCACCUGGAGAGUCUCCGCGACUUUGUCUCCCGGGCAACCCAGGAGCUCAUCUGGCUCAACGAGAAGGAGGAGGAGGAAGUGGCCUUCGACUGGAGCAACCGCAACAGCAACAUAGCCAAGAAGAAGGACUAUCAUGCUGAGCUGAUGAGAGAACUCGACGAGAAGGAGGAGGUGAUCAAGUUCGUUCAGGACAAUGCUGAAACACUCCUGGCUGAAAACCAUCCUGCCAGACUCACCAUUGAAGCGUACAAGGCUGCCAUGCAGACGCAGUGGAGUUGGAUCCUGCAGCUGUGCUCCUGUGUGGAAGAGCACCUGAAAGAGAGCGGCAUCUAUUUCGAGUUCUUUCACGACGCCAAAGAUUCCCUGGACUACCUGAAGGGCCUUCAAGACGCCAUUCAAAGGAAAUAUGGGUGUGACCGGACGAGCAGCUUGCACAGACUUGAAGAUCUUAUCCAGGAGUCUAUGGAUGAGAAGGAGCAGCUCCUUCAGUACCGUAGCACGGUGGUUGGUCUGGUGCGGCGGGCCAAGGACAUCAUCCAGCUGAAGCCACGCAGCCCAGACAGCCCCAUCCGCACCUCCCUGCCUGUCAAAGCCAUCUGUGACUACCGCCAGAUAGAGAUCACAAUCUAUAAAGACGACGAGUGUGUGUUGGCCAGUAAUUCUCACCGGGCUAAGUGGAAGGUGAUCAGUCCAUCAGGAAAUGAGGCAAUGGUGCCCUCUGUGUGCUUCACCAUCCCACCACCCAAUAAGGAGGCAACAGACAUGGCCAGCAGGAUUGAGCAAACAUACCAGAACGUUCUAGCACUCUGGCACCGGUCCCAUAUCAACAUGAAGAGUGUGGUGUCCUGGCACUACCUGAUGGCUGACAUCCAUGCCAUCCGGAACAGCAAUGUUGCCUCGAUUAAGACCACGCUGCCAGGGGAGCACCAGCAGGUGCUGAGCAGCCUCCAGGCUCACUUUGAGGAGUUCCUGGAGGACAGCGAGGAGUCCGAGGUCUUCACCGUGGCCGACAGGACUCAGCUCGAGCGAGACGUCCUGGCCUGCAAGGAGUACUACGAGGAGCUGCUCAAGUCUGCGGAGAGAGAGGAACAUGAGGAGUCUGUGUACAACCAAUUCAUCUCGGAGAUACGCAACUUCCGCAUGCGACUGGAGGCCCACGAGGAGCAGCUCAUCCGUCAGAUCCGCACGCCUCUGGACAGAGAUGACCUGCAACAGAGCAUCAUGCGCAUCACCGAGCAGGAGAAGAAGAAAUCGGAUCUGGACCAGCUGAAGGAGGAGAUCGAGGUGAUGAGGGAGAAGUGUGAGCUCUUCCUUAGGCAGGCCACCUCCUCCCCUCCCUCCCUCUCCUCGGAGCUGCAGAACCUCAUUCAGGCCACCGGCCUGGUGUACUCCAUGUGCUCCAUCUACCUGGAGAAGCUGAACUCCAUUAGUCUGGUGGUGAAGCAUAGUCAGAGUGCUGAGUCUCUGGUGAAACUCUACGAGGCUAAACUGUGUGAGGAAGAUGCACUCAGCGCCGACACCAAGUCCAUCGAGAACAUCGUGAGCACGCUGAAGCUGUGGCGCUCAGAAAUCGAUGAAAAGAGAGAGGUUUUCCAUGACCUUGAGGAUGAGCUGCAAAAAGCCCGUGUCAUCAGUGACCGCAUGUUCAAAACGCACAAUGAACGGGACUUUGACCUCGACUGGCACAAGGAGAAAGCCGACCAGCUGGGAGAGAGGUGGAAUAAUGUCCAUUCACAGAUCGAGAGCAGGCUCCGCGACCUGGAGGGUAUCAGCAAGUCUCUGAAGUAUUACAAAGAUACGUACAGCGGCCUGGAUGAGUGGGCCACUGAACUGGAGACUGUUCAGCUGAAGAUGCAGGAGAACCACCCAGAGGACAGCAAGGCCCUGGCUGAGCUACUUAACAAACAGAAGUUACUUGUGUCAGAAAUGGAGCAGAAACAGAGUAAGAUGGAUGAAUGCCAGAAAUACUCAGAACAGUACUCUGCUGGAGUUAAGGACUACGAGCUGCAGCUGAUGACCUAUAGAGCAAUGGUGGACUCCCAGCACAAGUCUCCUAUGAAGAGGAGAAGAAUGCAGAACUCCUCUGAUGCGAUCCUUCAGGAGUUCAUGGAUCUCCGCACUCGCUACACCACACUGGUGACGAUGAUGACUCAGUAUGUGAAGUUUGCCAGUGAGACACUGAAAAGGACAGAGGAAGAAGAGAAAUCUGUUGAGGAGGAGAAGAAAGAGCAUGGUGAUAAAGUUAGCAAACUUUUAAACUGGGUAUCCAGUGUCAAAGUGAACUCGGGCAAAGACGAGAAAGUUGGGAAAGAUGCUAAAGCCAUCUCAGAGAGCUCUAGUAUUCCCAAGGUGUCCAUGGAGGAAAUUGUGACGAAGAAGGAGCAAAUCGCAGAAGCGCUGAGGACGACACAGCUGAUUCUCACCAAACACAGCGACAAGAUGACUGAGGAAGAGAAGCAGGAGGCCAAGGAUCAAUUGAAGGCUCUGCACCAGGCCUACAGUGAUAUCUCCCAGCAGUGCUCUGAUGCACAGACGCCCUCUACCGACAAGGCAAAGAGUUUUCAGACCAUUGGAGGGAUUCUGGAGACGGGAAGUGGGUCAGUUUUGUCUGUCUACUGCUCUGUGCAGAGGGGCCUGAUUGACCACACAACUGGGCUGAGUCUCCUAGAAGCCCAGCUGAUAACAUCUGGACUCAUUUCUCAUGACGUCAGAACAUGCCUGGACUUGGAGGACGCUCUCAAGCAAGAACUUGUCGACGCACCGACCUACAGGCAACUGCAAGAUUUGAACGAAACCAACAAGCGCCUCUCAAGUCCCAAGUAUGCCUCUGAACCCCUCCCUGUCAUAGCGGCGCUGAAGAAGGGGGACAUUUCUGAGCACCUUGCAAUAAAAAUGUUGGAGAUCCAACUGGCUACAGGGGGACUAAGAACGACCUCUUCUAGGGAGGUCUUCAAUCUCGAUAGAGCAGUCCAGCAUGGUAUGAUCCCAGCAGAUCUCCUCAGCAAACUUGGUGAGAAUCAAAGCACCUCAAAGCUCCUGAUUGACCCUAACACAUCUGAGAAGGUCUCCCUCAUCCAGCUUGUGCAGAGGAGUGUUGUUCACGAAGAAACAGGCCUGCGUCUGAUACCUGUGAAACCCAGAACAGAUGGAAACAUCUGGCUGAAAUCAGGAAAGGAGAUAGGUAUUAUGAGAGCUGUCCAUGAGGGAGCCAUCGAUCAAGAGACCAUGCUUCGCCUACUUGGGGCUCAGUUGUGCACUGGGGGCAUUGUGGAUCAUAAAACCGGCUCUAAACUCACAGUAGAAGAAGCUUUAUCAGAUGGCCUAAUUGACCAGGAGACCUCUAGUGGGGUACUUAACCUCCAGGUCCAAAAUGGAGGCGUUGUUGACCCACAUAAUGGGAAAAGGCUAACAGUUGAUGAGGCUGUCCAGUGCAAUUUAAUGAGCUCUACCAGUGCACUUUUAGUGCUGGAGAGGCAAAAGGGUUUUAUGGGGCUUUUGUGGCCUCACUCUGGUGAAAUCCUGACUGUCACAACCUCCCUGCAGCAUGAAUUGAUUACCAAUCAGCUAGCAUCCAAACUGCUCUGCAACCGACAAAAAAUUGCUGCCUUUUACAUACCAGAGAGCUCUGAAGUAGUCAACAUUGAGUCUGCCGCCAAACAUGGCCUGAUUGACCAGUAUACUGCAGAGGUGUUAAAAACGGUGGAAAUACCAGACUCAUUCCCCGACAUUGAUGACCUCAACAAGAGGUUUUCGUCUUGGUUGGUUUGGCGUGAGCUGCAGCUGGAAGGAGCCCAUGGGUCUUCUCAGGAUUCAGGAAUAGAUGAAAAGAAAAUGAACACACCAUCUCCUGCAGAGGCCCAACAGUUAUUCAUCUCCUAUCUCAUGAUGAACAGCUACAUGGAUCCCAAAUCAGGACAGAGGCUACUAGUGUUUGACGGACAACUGAAUAAAAUGGCAAAAGUGUUCAUGGAGAAUUCUGCAGGACGUGGGGGUUCUGUGGAGAAGACCCACGUGUCAUCUUCCAAAUUUACUGAUAUCUCUUUGGAUGAAGAAAAUGAGAUGCAGUGUGAGGGUGUGAAUGACUCAAGUGGUGCUUAUUCAAAUAUUUCAAAGGAACAAUGCAGUAGGGUCUUAAGAGAAAUAGUAAACAAAGGCUUUGACACAGACUCAGGCGAACAUGAAGAAAAGAUGGAUGGUGUAUGUGAAGAAUUGAAAGAGUCCUCUGAAACUGCACAGACGUCCAUCAAAAUGUUGUCAAAAUCUGCAGACUGUCAAGAAGGCCAAACUGAAGAAAAUGAUGGUGCAUAUUUGGCUACACCACUGUUUUCAUAUUCAGAUAUUGCAAAUGGGUCAUUUAUCAACAGAACUUUAGACAAAAUAAUGGAAGAGAGUUGUGAGUCAGAAUCACUAGAAGAUGAAAUGGAAGAUGACGAUGUUUGUGAGGUUCCAGAAAUAUCCAGUGAAACUGCCCACACUAGCAUUUUUGCAUCCAAGGCAUCAAAGGAAACUUCAUGCUCUUGGACUGACAGCGAUACUGACAAGGAUGUCUUACACAUCACAGAAACAUCUUUGCAAAUACAAGAGGACAGUACCACAGAGAGCCCUAUGUUUACCAGUGAGUUGACCAAACCAAUGGACAUGGUCACUGAGUACCCAUACACAGACCUUUCCUUGAAUGAAAAGAAUGAGAGGGAGUUUGCCAUUCAUCUUCUGAGAGCCCAGGUGGAAGAAGGAGGCAUUUUAGAUGUAACCUCAGGCAAGCGAUAUGACCUGGGUGCUGCUCUGGACAAGGGCAUUGUUGAUGAGGAAACUGUGCUGGAAGUCCUGGCUUUGCAGUUUCAUAAAGACAGGGUUGCUAGGAAUCCAUCAGGUACCAUGGCGACCUUGCAAGAAGCUGUUUCACAUGGCGUCAUAUCCUCACAAGUGGCUCUGCAGAUCAUGGAGCAGCAGAACCUUCUGGGGGGUUUCUACAAAUCAGAAUCCCAUCAUACCAUCAGGGUAUGUGAGGCGCUCGAAAAUAACAUGAUAACGGAUGAUAUGGCCCAUAAAAUUCUUCACUCACAACCUAUCCAAAAAGCCAUCAUUGAUCCAGAUGGCAACUGUCUACACAGUGUCUCUGAUGCACAGGCUCUAGGUAUGCUAGAUGAGGAGGAAGCAGAAAAUAUGUUAACCAAAAAAGAAGAGAAGAAGGUGGCCAUUUUGGUUUUAGACCUUUCUAAUGAGAAAUGUCAUAAUGUGUUUCCUCAGAACAUAAACAAUGGAACGGAGGAAUCUCCACAACACCGUAGACAGAGAAGUUCUCCUUGUGAGGGUUCACUUCCAAAAGACAGUGCUAAAAUGACUGGUGUAUCCCAUGUCAGAAACUCACCUCAUUGUAUAAUGCAGACAUUAGAGGAAUAUCCAGGCUGCCAAAGCCCCCACAAUCGUGCUUCAAAGAAAGAUGAUCUGUCACACAGUCUGUCUGAGGAAACUGGGUUUCCAUGCUUUAUCAGAAAAGAGAGCAGCCCAAAGAGCCUGUUAAAUAGUCAGAGCAAGAUUGACAGGGAUUCAUUUGAGGGAGAGAAUGAUUCUCCAGAAGAUGACAGAGGUCAUCAGAACAAUGAUGCUGAUCAGCCUCCUGAAGCUGUCAGCUUGAUUACAAGUGAAAGGCAGCUGCAGUACCGUGAAAUUGCAAAGAACCAGACCGUGAGUCCCGUUCAGAGCGAUUCGGGCAUAUCGUGCUCAUCCCAGAGUGAUGUCUCUGUGGAUGAGAGGAAGUCAGACAGCCUUCAGAAUGCUGACCAGCAGUGCAGUACUGUCAAAGAGGGGUUGCAAGAUAGGCUGAACUCAUCUUCACCUAAAGGGUUGUCCGAUGACUCAGGAUCAACUGUCACGACUCCUCAGGAAAAUACAAAAUCACAACCACAAACCACAAACUCGACCGACGUGGAAAUAAAUACUGUUGAUGCCAACAGAUCUUUGCAUUUUCAGAAUGGUCAGUGUCAGGCACAAAGUGAUGAUCAGAAGGGUCAGCCUAUCUUUCCCUUGUCUCUGUAUGACAAAUCAAGCUGUGACAUGAAUGAAAAACAUGUAAACAUGUGUGUGGAUGCAGUGAAGUCUGUUGAUUCCAAAGAAAUACAGUCUUUGCAGGAACAAUCAGAGAGUGUCAGAAGCUCAACAUCUAGAGAUAGAACUGACUCAGAAGCCAUAUCUUUUACUAGCAAAAAGGAAACAAGCUCAGGAUCCCUGGAAUUUGAUUCUCAAAACAUGUCAGCAAGUACAAAUAUUCUGGUUGGAAGUGCAUUGCCAGGUUCCGCUGUAGAAACAUCUAGAGACAGAACUGACUCAGAAGCCAUAUCUUUUACUAGCAAAAAGGAAACAAGCUCAGGAUCCCUGGAAUUUGAUUCUCAAAACAUGUCAGCAAGUACAAAUAUUCUGGUUGGAAGUGCAUUGCCAGGAUCCGUUGUAGAAACAUCUAGAGACAGAACUGAUGGAACAGGAUCCGCUGUAGGAACAUCUAGAGAUGGAACUGAUGGAACAGGAUCCACUGUAGGAACAUCUAGAGAUGGAACUGAUGGAACAGGAUCCACUGUAGGAACAUCUAGAGAUGGAACUGAUGGAACAGGAUCCACUGUAGAAACAUCUAGAGAUGGAACUGAUGGAACAGGAUCCGCUGUAGGAACAUCUAGAGAUGGAACUGAUGGAACUGGAUACUCUGUAGAAACAUCUAGAGAUAAAACUGAUGGAACAGGAUCCACUGUAGGAACAUCUAGAGAUGGAACAGGAUCCACUGUAGGAACAUCUAGAAAUGGAACAGGAUCCACUGUAGGAACAUCUAGAGAUGGAACAGGAUCCACUGUAGGCACAUCUAGAGAUGGAACUGAUGGAACAGGAUCCACUGUAGGAACAUCUAGAGAUGGAACUGAUGGAACAGGAUCCACGGUAGGAACAUCUAGAGAUGGAACUGAUGGAACAGGAUCCACUGUAGGAACAUCUAGAGAUGGAACUGAUGGAACAGGAUCCGCAGUAGGAACAUCUAGAGAUGGAACUGAUGGAACUGGAUACUCUGUAGAAACAUCUAGAGAUAAAACUGAUGGAACAGGAUCCGCUGUAGAAACAUCUAGAGAUGGAACAGGAUCCACUGUAGGAACAUCUAGAGUUGGAACAGGAUCCACGGUAGGAACAUCUAGAGAUGGAACUGAUGGAACAGGAUCCACUGUAGGAACAUCUAGAGAUGGAACUGAUGGAACAGGAUCCACUGUAGGAACAUCUAGAGUUGGAACAGGAUCCACGGUAGGAACAUCUAGAGAUGGAACUGAUGGAACAGGAUCCACUGUAGGAACAUCUAGAGAUGGAACUGAUGGAACAGGAUCCACUGUAGAAACAUCUCCAGAUGCUUCACUGACAUUUGAACAAAGGCCAGACAAUCAUAAAACCCAUGAUAUCAGUCAACCUAAUUCAGUUGCCAUCAAACACUCUGGGCAAGACACACCACAGGUUGAUGGUGCUACACAUUCCUCUUGUAAAGCAGUAUCUGCAAUUGCGCCAGCACCUGUCAAUGUUGAUCACAGUAACAAUGAAGUCAAAAGGUGUUCAGAAUCCAUGUUGCUGAAUGAGAUAUCACCACCUGCUUUAGGUACCACAAAAACUGUCCAGAAACAAGAAAAAAUAGUGUCAGGUUCCGAUGGCUCACCCUCUACUUCAAAUGAACCAAACAUGGCAGCUUCUUCUAGCCUUGAUCUGAACACAGGGAACAGUCAUACUGAGCAUUCUGUGUCUCCUAACAUCUUGCCUAGGGAAAGUGAACAGUGGGCAUCUAACAACCAACCACAUCCUGCGACUGGAGUAGCCACACCUCCUCAGUCAGCACUUCUUAGUGUCCUGAGGUCAUCUUUGAAUGAGCUUGUAAAGCAGAGGGCAGAGCAAGCAGAUGGUGAUGACUCACAGAAGGCUGAAAACCGGACUGUUGAGGAUAUUCUUGAGAUAAUCCAGAAACUAACCCCAGGGAGCCUUCAAGACACAGAGAAGCCUGCUGCCACCCCCAGUCGUCAUCCGGAGUUGUCCGAGGGCAAAGAACCAGGGAGGGUAGAGGGUGUAAGUGAGCGUACCGACGUACUGCAGCCUCCUCCUGAUGUUACAAAGCUUCAAAGCCAGAUGCUGCAGAAGGAGAUGUCCCUGGAGGAUGUACAAGGAGAUUUGAACUUGCCCCUGGGAAACAUUACUGAGGACGAACAGAGCCAAAGCACUGGUACCAUAAGGCAAACACCACCAGGUUGCUCUGCAGAUGAGAGUAUGGCAGAGAUUGAUAUGCCUCAACAUUCAGAUGACCUUGGCCCUCAUCCAUGUGCUGAAACCGACCAAGGCAUAGACAUGGAUGAAAAGGUCAAAUGCAGGAGAUACUCCACUCAGAGUUACUUGGAGUGUGUUGGAAGGCUUCAAGACCAUUUUGAUGUCCUGGAGGAUAUAAAAAAUGACUUUGAGACCCAAGGGCCUCUCAGUGGCCGCAUUGACGGCUUACACUCCCAGCUAGAGGAGUCUCAGUCUCUGGAGUCACAGCUUGCUGCUCUCGCUGGCAUUCUCACAGCAGACCUGGAGAUAGCCGCACAGCUGCUAAAUUCUGCUAACGGACACGUUCCCACACAAAUCCAACAAGAUUUGGCUUUGGCCUUUACAUGUUUACAGCCUGCUUUCACAGACAUCUGCCAAAUGUCUGCAGAAAGGAGUAGUCUUAUAGUGCAAACAAUUGAAACAGAAAAGUCACAAUUAGGUACUUCAUAUCAGGAGCUUCUUUCCUCCCUUGAUAAACUAUCAGGGAGUAGUCAUGACAACUAUGAGAUCAUCUGCAAACUAGACAUCAUGGACAUAGAAAACAUGGAAGCGAUUAAAAACAGAAUGCAGCAAAAUAAGGACAUGGAAAAGAAUGUAGCAGGCACUCAACAGCAGCUGGAGGAUGCCACCGUCAGUGUUCAGCACUUUAUCUCUGAGCAUGCUCAGUUAUUGAGCCCAGCACAGAGCAGGAUGCUGCUGAAGAGCCUCAGUGGCGCUCAGAGGUCGUUCAGAGAGCUGGCGGAGAAGGUCUCAGCUCAGCGCUGCACUCUGGAGCUUCAACUGGAGGUCCGAGAGGAUGAGAGUCAGCAGCAGGAGCAGGAUAUGGUGGAAAAGCAGCAGCAGUUUUCAGGAAAGCUGCAGGAGCUCUGUGACGACCUCACCCAGACAGAAAACCGGCUCAUAGGGCAUCAUCAGCAGACGCAGACCAUUGCAACCAACAACAUGGAGGACCUGCAGCAAUACCGACAAGAACAACAGGCCCUGCAAAAAGACAUUCAGACAAACGCCAGCGCUUUAAAUGAAGUCAUAAGCAGUUCUAAGAAGUUCCUAGAGGAAAAUCGCUCCAAGCUCUCGCCAGAGCAGAUAGCUGAUAUUGAGAAGAAACUUGAGGAGGCCAAGAGCAAGGCCAACAUGCUCAACGAGAAGGCGGAGGAGUCCAGGAAAGACCUGGAAAAGGUUGUGACCACAGCAAUCAAACAGGAAACAGAAAAGGUUGCUGCUGUGGAGCAACUGGAGGAGAGCAAAACCAAAAUCGAGGGCCUGCUGGACUGGAUCUCGAACGUUGGGAAGGAGAAAGGGGACGGGGACAGCACACAGAAGGAGCAGACGGGGACAGAAAAUGGCAACCUGCCCAUGGAAACAACUGCUGACGACGCCAAUGGAAAUGCACUAGACACCACCGACAACCAAUCUAUUAUUUCCAACAAAGGGAAAGACUCCAGUAGUUCAGACUUGGACAAGCAGUCUGACAGAGUGAAGGCCCAUCAUCAGGAGAUCCUGUCCCAGCAGCAGGACCUGAUCAUCGCCACACAGUCGGCCCAGGCGCUGCUGGACAAGCAGUCCCACGUGCUGUCGGCAGGCGAGAAGGACAAGCUGCAGCGGGACAUCCAGGAGUUGCGCAGCCGCUACGAAACCUCGCUCACACGGGCCGAGCAGCAGACGAAGCAGGUGCAGGCCGUGCAAGAGGAGCUGUCCAAGUUCCAGGGCGACUGCGCCGAGUUCCAGGCCUGGCUGCAACAGGCCCAGGAGGACGCAGACGAGCUGGGGGAGCCGACCGGGCAGCUGGGCGCCCUGGAGGACAAGCUCCAGAGGCAGAGGGGCUUCGCCGAGGACGUCAUCUCGCACAAGGGCGACCUGCGCUUCAUCACCAUCUCUGGGCAGAAGGUGGUGGAUGCUGCCAAGGCCUGCAGCCAUGGAGAUCAGGGCAACAAAGACACUCUGCCUGAGGUGGACAUGUCGGGAACCUGCUCAGCCGUGCAAGAGAAGCUGGACGCUGCCGCCGGUCAUUACAAGGCUCUGCAUUCUCAGUGCAAUCAGUUGGGCAGCAACCUCAAGGACGUGGUGGAGAAGUAUAAGAAGUAUGAUGAGGCCAGCGGCGGGCUGCUCAAGUGGCUGGACACCUCAGAGGACGAGGCCCGCAGGCAGCAGUCUGACCCCAUCGCUGCCGACCCACAGACACUUCAGAAACAGCUGGAAGACACCAAGGCUCUGCAAGGUCAGACAACUGGACGUCAGGCUGCCGUGGAGACGCUGCGGAAAACAGCUGACGCUCUUAUCACAGCCGAGGGGGACCUGCUGACCAAUCAGGAUGAGAUCCAGGAAACAGUGGAUGACAUUGUGGAGAGAUAUGACAACCUGUCCAAGUCGGUCAGCGACCGCAACGAGAAGCUCCAGGUGACGCUGACCCGCUCCCUGAGCGUGCAGGAUGGCCUGGAUGAGAUGGUGGGCUGGAUGGGACGGGUGGAGGAUUGCCUGGGGAAGAAGGAGCACGUGCCCCUAGACUCAGCCAGCAUCGGAGAUGCCCUCAGCAAAGAAGCUACCUUGGAGCAGGACAUGUUGAGUCGCCAGAGCAGCAUCUCAGCCAUGCAGGCCAAAGUAAAGAAGUUUGCAGAGAAAGCCGAGCCAGCAGCCGCUGCCCAGCUGCAGUCCAAGAUGGCCGCCCUUUCACAGCGCUUCGGCGACGCCUGCAACAAGCACAAGCAGAAGGUGUCCGACCUGGAGCAGCUGAAGGACAAGGUGGAGCAGUUCGAGAAGACGACCGAGAAGGUGCAGCAGUUUGUGCUGAAGAGGUCACAGGAGCUGUCUGAGACAGACGGGCCGGGGAAGAACGUCAAUGAGCUCUCCCAGCUGGUGCAGGACACUAAUGAGGAGUUAGUUGAACAUGCCAAGGAUGUGGAGACCCUGCAGAACCUUUCAAAGGAGCUGUCCCAACUGAGCCCAGAGGCAAGCAAAGCUCAGAUCCAGGGCAAGAUGGACACUCUGUCCAACACCUUCAACGCCUUCAAGGACACUGUGAAAGAAAAACGGGAGGAGGUUACGUCAUGCCAAGACCAGCUGGGCCAGUUCAAAGCAGCAGCAGGAGCCCUGAUAAAGUGGCUGGAGGAGACGACAGGGAAAGUGCCAGUGGUUCAGCCCAACUGCGGCGAGAAGGGCCUGGGAAAGGCCCUGAAAAAAGUCAAUGCCCUGCUGGAAGAAUGGACCUCCAAAGCUCCCAUGGUCCAGGAUAUAAAUAGCAAUGGCUCUGCUCUGUGUAGCCUCAUCAAUGUUUUGACAUCCCCAGCCAAGGCCAAAAGCCAUCCCAAAUCAGGAUCAGCUGUUACUAAUGGCUCCGGACCAGGAUCGCAUGCUUAUUUAACCAAUAAAGAGCUGAUGGUGGUGCAGCAGAGUAUGGCCCAUGUCAGCGAGGGCUACGGGGCCCUGGGGGAGCUGCUGAGGGCCAAGGAGGCCGAGCUCAGCCAAGCGCACGGGGACAUGCGGGAGGCGCGGGUGCAGGGUGGUGCCAUGAAGACGUGGCUGGAGGACAUGAAGAAGACGGCAGCGUCCUCGAGGGCCGCUGGGGCUGCUGGGAAAGACUCAGUCAAAGCGCAGAUGGAACAACAAAAGGCCUUUGAAGAUGGUUUGAAGCAAAAACAGGCAGAGCUCCAGCCACUGAGAGAGAAGCUUCUUCAGCUGAUCGAGCAGCACCCUGACUCACCCGAAGCAGCCAAAUGGAAACAGAUGCUGGCUGAGAUAGAUGCAGCGUGGGAAGAGGUGAGCGGCUCUGUGGAGGACAGGAAGCAGCACCUGGAGGAGUCGUCCCGGAUGCUGGAGCUCUUCCAGACAGCCGAGCCACAACUCCGCCAGUGGCUUCAGGAGAAGGAGCUGAUGGCCGGUGUGCUGGGGCCGCUGUCUGUGGACCCCAACAUGCUCAAAAUGCAGAAGCAGCAAGUCCAGAUUCUCCUUAAGGAGUUUGACAGCCGCAAACCCCAGUAUGACCAGCUGAAUGAGGCUGCGGCAGCCAUCUUGAAAUCGGCGGGUGCAAAGGAUCCAUCAGCUGGGACGGUGAAGGAGCAGCUGGCAUCCAUCACCCAGAAAUGGCAGGACCUAACCGGGCAGCUGGGCCAGCGCGCCGGCCUCAUCGACCAGGCGGCGGACAAGACGGCCCAGUUUCAGGAGCUGCUGCGGGGCCUCUCUGAGAGCGCCGGCGCCCUGGAGGCCCAACUGGAGGGCCAGCAGGCCCUAAGCUCGCAACCCGACGCCGUCAGGAAGCAGUUGGAGGCCACCAAUGACAUCCUGGCCCGCCUGCGGGACGAAAGGAAGAGGCUGAAAGAGGCGGAAGGGCUGUGUGGUGAGCUCUCGGCUCUCGUGGCCGAGGAGUACCUCCGGGCCGACCUCAGCAAGCAAUUAGAAGGCAUCACCAAGCCGUUUAAGGUUCUGGAGGACAAAGCAGGUAAGCGCAUUCAGCAGCUCAACUCUGCCUUUGCCAGCUCGCAACAGUUCCACCAGAUGUCCAAAGACUUCCAGGGCUGGCUGGACGAGAAGCUGCAGGAGCAGUCCGGGCCCCAGCCCCUCUCAGCCAAAGCCGAGGCUCUGCAGCAGAGCAUCCAGGAGCACAGCAGCGUCCAGAAGGCGCUGAGUGAACAGGAGGAACCGUACGGCACCAUCAUGAGGGAGGGCGAGGCCCUCCUCCAGAGCACUGAGGGGGCCGAGAAAGUGGCCCUGCAGGGCCAACUCUCCACCCUCAAGUCCAACUGGGAAGACGUGAAGAAGACCUCGGCAGAGAGAGGGGAGAAGCUCCAGGGGGCUCUGCAUCUGGCGCAGAAGUAUGGUGAGCAGGCGGAGAAGCUGAACACCUGGCUGCAGGAGAGCGAUGGCGGGAAUGGCAGGGUGAGGCUCAGCGCGAGCCCCGCGGAGGUAGAGAGCUCCCUCGCGCAGGUGAAGGCCAUCCAGAAGGACGUGGACAAACACCGCGGCCAGGUGGAGCUGCUCAAGACAGCCGCUGACAACCUCCUGGAGGUGGCCACCGUGGACGGCGAGACCGUAAAGGAGGAGAGAGCCGCCAUUGAGAAGAACGUGGAGAAGUUGAGCGAGGACUUGCAGAGCAAGAAGGAGUCACUGGAGAAGCUGGCGCAGAAGCUGAAGGAGUUUGCAGACACUCAGAAACAGGCCAAGGAACAGCUGGAAGGGGCAAGGAAACAGCUGGAGAGCCACUCCACCCUGGGAAACCAGGCCUACAGCAACAAGAACCUGAGCAACAUGAAGGCUCAGCAGAAGACGCUAGCCGAGGUGCAGCAGCAGGUCCAGCAACUCACGAGCCUCGCCCAGGGCCUGGUGGUGGACGUGCCAGAAGCGGAUGGAGUCACUGACCUCCUACUCCAAGCCGACAGCCUGGAGACGGAGCACGGCUCCGUCAGCAAAGAGGUGGAUGGGGUCUGCUCCACCCUGGAGGGCAAGCUGCAGGGCAUUGGACAGUUCCAGAACAGCAUCCGUGAGAUGUUCACCAGCUUCGCCGACCUGGACGACGAGCUGGACAGCAUGUCGCCAGUCGCCCGCGACCUGGAGGCGAUACAAGUGCAGAAGGACACCAUCCAAGGCUUCGUCGGAAGACUGCAGGAGCUGAUGUCCAAUUCAACCAACGCCAAGGACAGUUGCAAGAAGAUGCUGGAGACGGAGGCCUCGCCGGACCUGCUCGGCGUCAAGAGGGACCUGGAGACGCUGAGUAAGCAGAGCGGCAAGCUGAUGGACCGCGCCCGGGGCAGGGAGGAGCAGGUGGAGGGCACCCUCGGCCGCAUGGGCGAGCUGUACCAGAAGCUGCAGGACUUCACCGGCAAACUGAAGGAGGCGGAGGAACAAGAGGACUCCCAGGGGCCUGUUGGCAUGGAAACGGAUGUCAUUAACCAGCAGCUGGAGUCAUUCAAGGUAUUCCAGAAAGAUUCAAUUGAGACAUUACAGACCCAGUUGCAAGACCUGAACUGGAUUGGCCAGGGACUCAUUCAGAACGCUGCCAAAGAGACCAGUACCAAGACUUUGGAGGAUAACUUAGAGGAUGUCAACGGUAGAUGGAACACCCUCAACAAGAAGGUCGCAGAGCGCUCAGCGCAGCUGCACGAGGCCCUGUUGCAUUGUGGGAGGUUCCAGGAUGCCCUGGAGUCCCUGCUCAGCUGGCUGAUGGACACAGAGGAGCUGGUGGCCAAUCAGAAGCCUCCAUCUGCCGAAUUCAAAGUGGUCAAGGCCCAAAUACAAGAGCAGAAACUCUUGCAGAGGCUGCUAGAUGACCGGCGGCCCACCGUGGAGCUGAUUAAGAAGGAAGCAGGGAAGGUGGCUGAGCUGGCGGAGACAGAGGACAAGGAGAAGAUCAGCAGGGAGGUGGAGGGCCUGGGGCAGAGGUGGGAUGGCCUACUGAAGAAAGCAGAGAGCAGACACAAGCAGCUGGAGAGCACCCUGGUCGUGGCUCAGCAGUUCCAUGAGACGCUGGAGCCCCUGUCUGAGUGGCUGAUGGCCACAGAGAAGCGCCUGGCCAACUCAGAGCCCAUCGGCACCCAGACAACCAAACUGGAGGAGCAGAUCUCCCAGCAUAAGACCCUUGAGGAGGGUGUCAUGGGUCACAGUAAAGACCUGUACCAGACCAUCAGCCUGGGUCAGAGCCUCAGGGCGGUCAGCAGCACGGACGAUAGGGAGCUGGUGCAGACGCGUCUAGACGCCACCCAGACGGGCUUCAUCGAGCUGCAGGAGCGCUGCCGGCGCAAGGCCCAGCUCCUGCAGCAGGCCCUGGCAAACGCACAGCUCUUUGGCGAGGACGAGGUGGCGCUCAUGAACUGGCUCAGCGAGGUGCACGGCCGGCUGAGUGAGGUCUCCGUGCAGGACCACACGGUGGAAGUGCUCCAGAUCCAGAACGACGAACAACUGGCUCUUCAUGAAGACAUCCAGCUUAGGAAACAGAACGUUGAUCAGGCCAUUUCCAAUGGCAUGGAACUUCUGAAACAGACCACAGGGGAUGAGGUGGUUGUCAUACAAGGCAAGCUGGAUGGAAUUAAGACGAGAUAUGGAGAGAUUAACACCAUGAGUAACAAUGUGACGAAGACUCUGGAGCAGGCUCUCUCUCUGGCCUCCAAGCUGGAACACACCAAUGAGGACCUGACCUCCUGGCUGGAUAAGGUGGAGUCAGAACUGGAGGUCUUUGGGACCCAGGAACCAGUGGGAGAGCAGCUGACUCAGGUGCAGGAGAGGAGAAAAGCGCUCCUGAAGGAGGUCCAAGGACACAAGCCCCAGGUGGAAAGCCUGAACGAGGUGAGCAGCUCCCUGAUGGAGCUCGUGCCCUGGCGCGCUCGCGAGGGCCUCGACAAGAUGGUCACCGAGGUCAACGACCGCUACAAGCUGGCCGGCGACGCCAUUGCCCAGCGCGUGGACGCCAUUGGUGCCGCCAUAUUGAAGUCCCAGCAGUUUGAGCAGGCUGCGGAGAGUGAGCUCACCUGGCUGAGUGAGGCGGAGAAGAAGCUGCUGUCUCUGGGCGAGAUCAGGCUGGAACAGGACCAGACCACAGCUCAGCUCCAGGCACAGAAGGGAUUUUCCAUGGAUAUUAUGAGACACAAAGAUUCCGUGGACAGCAUUGUCAAAACAGGAGAGGCCAUUAUGAGCAGCAAAGAUGAGAUGGAAAAGCAAGCCCUGAAGGCCAAAAUCCAGACGCUGCUGGACAAGUACAGCGCGGUGAGCCAGCUGAACUCGGAGAGGUACCUGCAGCUGGAGCGGGCCCAGUCCCUGGCCAGCCAGUUCUGGGAGACCUACGAGGAGCUGUGGCCCUGGCUGCAGGAGACCCGUGCCGACUUCACCCUGCUGCCCAAGCCCGCCAUCGAGUAUGAGGCCCUCAGGCAGCAGCAGGAGGAGCUGAGGCAAAUGCGUGAGCUGAUCGCCGAGCACAAGCCACACAUCGACAAGAUGAACAAGACCGGCCCUCAGCUGCUAGAGCUGAGUCCAGUGGAGGGUGUACCAAUCAGGGAGAAGUACACAGCCACCGACAAGCUGUACGCCCAGCUGAAAGCCGACGUCAAGCAGCGGGCGGGAGCUCUUGACGAGGCCAUCUCCAAAUCCACUCAGUUCCACGACAAGAUCGACCCCAUGCUGGAGUCCCUGCAGCGGAUCGCCGAGCGCCUCCGCCAGCCGCCCUCCAUCUCCGUGGAGGUGGAGAAGAUCCGCGAGCAGCUCGGCGAGAACAAGGCGGUGACGGUGGACCUGGAGAAGCUGCAGCCAUCCUACGACACCCUGAAAGAGCGCGGCGAGGAGAUGAUCGCUCGCUCGGAGGGGGCUGACAAGGACAUCUCCGCCAAAGCUGUGCAAGACAAGUUGGACCAGAUGGUGUUCCUUUGGAACGACAUCCAAGCCCUGGUGGAGGAGAGGGAGGCCAAGCUCCUGGAUGUGAUGGACCUGGCCGAGAAGUUCUGGUGUGACCACUGCGCCCUGAUCGUCACCAUCAAGGACACCCAGGACCUGCUCAGAGAGCAGGAGGAGCCCGGGGUGGACCCGUCCGUCGUCAAACAACAACAAGAGUCCUUGGAGGGUUUUAGAGAGGAAAUCGACACACUCCAGGAAGAACUUGAUGUUGUUCAGAAUCUUGGCGCAGAACUUAUGUCUGCUUGUGGGGAACCGGACAAGCCUGUGAUAAAGAAGAGUAUUGAUGAGGUGAACUCUGCCUGGGAGAACCUGAAUAAGAUGUGGAAAGAGAGGGUGGAGCGGCUGGAGGAGGCCAUGCAGUCCGCGGUGCAGUUCCAGGACGGGCUUCAGGGCAUGUUUGACUGGGUGGAUAUCCUGGAGAGCAAACUGGACUCCAUGUCACCAGUGGGCACUGAUCUGGAGACUGUGAAACAGCAGAUUGAUGAACUCAAGGAGUUUAAGUCGGAAGCGUACCAGCUCCAGAUUGAGAUGGAGCGGCUGAACCACCAGGCGGGGCUGCUUCUGAAGAAGGUGGUGGAUGAGAUGGACCGCAGUGCCAUCCAGGAGCCCAUGGGUGAGCUCAAGAUGCUCUGGGACAACCUGGACGAGAAGAUCAUCAGCCGCCAGCACAAACUGGAGGGGGCGCUGUUGGCACUGGGGCAGUUCCAGCAUGCUCUGGAUGAGCUGCUGGCCUGGAUGACCCACACCGAAGGGCUGCUGAACGAGCAGCGGCAGGCCAGCGGAGCCCCCUUGGCCAUCGAGAUCGAGCUCGCUAAGCACCACGUGCUUCAGAAUGACGUCUUGGCCCACCAGAGCACGGUGGAGGCGGUCAACAAGGCCGGCAACGACCUGCUGGAAUGCAGUGCUGGCGAGGAAGCCUGCGGAUUGCAGAGCAAACUGGAGAACCUCAAACAGCGCUGGAAGAACAUUCUGGAACAGACAGAGCAGAGGAGGAAGCUCCUGGACAGUGCCCUACUUCAGGCCCAGGGUUUCCAUGGAGAGAUUGAAGACAUGCAGCAGUGGCUGAAAGACACAGAACGUCAGCUGUUAGCAUCAAAGGCGGUGGGAGGCUUACCAGACACGGCGCGGGAGCAGCUUAACGCCCAUCUGGAGCUGUGCAGUACUUUCGAGGCCAAAGAGGAAGUCUAUCAGCAGCUCAUGCUGAAAGGCAAACAGCUGGUUGCCUUGGCAACCGGGGGCCAGGACAGCAACACGGAGCAGGACCUUCACAACUUGCAGGGGAAAUGGGAGUCUGUGCAGGCCAAAGUGGCAGAGAGAAAGGUGAAAUUGGAGGAGGCUCUGGCCAUGGCCACGGACUUCCAUAACUCACUGCAGGACUUCAUCAACUGGCUGACGCAGGCGGAGCAGACCCUCACUAUGGCCUCCCCCGCCUCCCUCAUCCUGGAGACCAUCAUGUUUCAGAUCGAUGAGCAUAAGGUGUUUGUCACUGAGGUGAACUCCCACCGCGAGCAGAUCAUCGAGUUGGACAAGACGGGCACCCACCUGAAGUACUUCAGCCAGAAACAGGACGUGGUGCUGAUCAAGAACCUGCUGCUGAGUGUCCAGAGCCGCUGGGAGAAGGUGGUGCAGCGUUCGGUGGAGCGCGGACGCCUGCUGGACGACGCCAGGAAACGCGCCAAGCAGUUCCAUGAAAACUGGAACAAACUGACAGAGUGGCUGGAUGAGUCGGAGAAGGCCCUGGACUCGGAACUGGAGAUCGCCAACGACCCCGACAAGAUCAAGACGCAGUUGGGCCAACACAAGGAGUUCCAGAAAGCCGUGGGCAGCAAGCACUCAGUGUACGACACCACUAUCCGCACGGGCCGCGCCCUGAAGGACAAGACGUCCCUGCAGGACGACAUCACAAAGCUGGACGACAUGCUGAGCGAGCUCAGAGACAAAUGGGACACUGUGUGUGGCAAAUCCGUAGAGAGACAAAACAAGCUGGAAGAGGCGUUGCUGUUCUCUGGCCAGUUCAAAGAUGCCCUGCAGGCUCUGAUAGACUGGCUCUACAAAGUGGAGCCUCUGCUCGCUGAGGACCAGCCAGUGCAUGGAGACAUCGACCUGGUCCUGAACCUCAUUGACAGCCACAAGGUCUUCCAGAAGGAGCUGGGCAAAAGGACGGGCAGUGUGCAAGCCCUGAAGCGCUCGGCCCGUGAUCUCAUGGAGAGCAGCACCGAAGACUCUUCCUGGGUCAAAGCUCAAAUGCAGGAUCUGGGCACACGCUGGGAGACCGUGUGUGCCCUCUCCGUGUCCAAACAAACCCGGCUGGAGCAGUCUCUGUGUCAGGCCGAGGAAUUCCAUUCCAGCGUCCACAUCCUGCUGGAGUGGCUGGCCGAAGCCGAGCAGAGUCUGCGUUUCCAUGGCAGCUUGCCUGACGACGAGGAGGCUCUGCGGGCUCUCAUCGAGCAGCACAAGGAGUUCAUGAAGAACCUGGAGGAGAAGCGGGUCGCCUUGAACAAAGCAACAAGCAUGGGGGAGGCCAUCUUGUCCAUCUGCCAUCCAGACUCCAUCACCACCAUCAAACACUGGAACACCAUCAUUAAAGCCCGAUUCGAAGAGGUACAGGCCUGGGCACGGCAGCAUCAGCAGAGGCUGUCAGCAGCCCUCAGCGAGCUGCAAACCACCCAGGAGCUGGUGGAGAACCUGCUGGGCUGGCUCCAGUGGGCAGAGACCACGCUCAACACCAAGGACAAGGAGCCUAUGCCCCAGGAACUUGAGGAGGUCAAAGGGCUCAUCGCCGAACACCAGGCCUUUAUGGAGGAAAUGACCAGGAAACAACCUGAUGUGGAUAAAGUCACCAAAACCCACAAGAGGAAGCCAACAGCAGAGGCCCCUGUACACUCCCACAUACCUGUCCUGGAGAAAGGGCGCACUCCAGGAAGGAAACGCUCUCCCACCCAAAGCAUGUACACUGCGGCAGCCCAGACACAGGUGGAGACCAAGAACCCGCGGGUCAACCUGCUGGUCAGCAAGUGGCAGCAGGUGUGGCUCCUGGCCCUGGACAGGAGGAGGAAACUCAACGAUGCUCUGGACAGGCUGGAGGAGCUGAAGGAAUUUGCCAACUUUGACUUUGAUGUGUGGCGGAAACGCUACAUGAGGUGGAUGAACCACAAGAAGUCGCGCGUGAUGGAUUUCUUCCGCCGCAUCGACAAAGACCAGGACGGCAAAGUCACCCGCCAGGAGUUCAUCGAGGGCAUCCUCUCCUCCAAAUUCCCAACCAGUCGCCUAGAGAUGAGUGCAGUCGCCGACAUCUUUGACCGGGAUGGAGACGGCUAUAUUGACUACUACGAGUUUGUGGCUGCCCUUCAUCCAAACAAGGAGGCCUACAAACCCCUCACAGACGCGGACAAAAUAGAAGAUGAAGUGACUCGUCAAGUGGCAAAAUGCAAAUGCCCUAAACGAUUCCAAGUGGAGCAGAUCGGCGCCAACAAGUACCGGUUCUACCUUGGAAAUCAGUUUGGUCUGGUUCAAUGCUUACAUGACACCUAUACCGCCGAUGAGACAUUAACAAACAGGGACUAUCAAAAUCUAAACUCCCAACUGAACGUUGCGGUGUUGGAAAGCUGUAUCCUGUUUGGGGAUUCCCAGCAGCUCCGGCUGGUCCGCAUCCUCCGCAGCACUGUCAUGGUCCGCGUGGGAGGCGGAUGGAUGGCGCUGGACGAGUUUCUGGUCAAGAAUGACCCUUGUCGAGUUCAUCACCACGGGAGUAAAAUGUUGCGCUCGGAAUCAAACUCGUCAAUUACUCAGUCUCCUAUAGGUUGGCACCUCUCACAAUUUCUCUCCUUGGUCAAUCCCCCUGCAAAAGGCAGGACGAAUGUGGAGCUUCGAGAGAAGUUCAUUCUCCCAGAAGGCACCCAUCAGGUGAUGGCAAGCUUCCGCUACAGGGGUCGGAGGUCACGUCCGUCAUCGAGGGCUGCGUCCCCCAACCGGUCAAACUCCAGCCACAGCUGUACUGCACACCCCAACCCACCACAGACCAGUACUCCUAAGACCCAACACAUAACCCGCAAUUAUGAUAAACCUUGGCUGACAAACAGCAAACCCUCCACCCCUCUUAAAUCAUCCGACUCCUUUGAAAGCCAGGGGUCGUCCUCAGAGGGAACUCCUAUCCAGGGCAGCAAACUCCGACUCCCAGGGUAUCUAUCAGGAAAGGGGUUCCAGUCUGGAGAGGAAGGCACCCUGAUAUCUGCUGCAGUACUUAAAGCAAGGGGUCAGGCAGUCGAUUCCAAAAAGGGUUUCAGCCGACCCGGAAGUAAAGCGGGCAGCCGCGGGAGCAGCCGACGAGGAAGCGACGCGUCUGACUUCGACAUCUCCGACAUCCAGUCGGUGUGUUCCGACGCGUCAGAGUCUGCACCCGACUCCAGCCGGCAGGCCACGCCGCGGUCGGCCCCUCGAGCGCACGGGGGCAAGGCCUCCAAAAUCCCCACGCCCCAACGGAGGUCCACCCCCACCCAGAGCAGACUGGCCAAGACCUCCAAGAGAUAGUCAGGAGCCGAGCGGCCCUGACACACUCAGCACAGACACACAGACUGGAGACACACAGACUGACACUAAAAAAAAAAGAACUCUGUACUAGUUAGUAACUUAAGAAGUGUACCAAGAUGUAAAAUAUUCCAUGUGAGAAAAAGAAUGUGGUUUCAUGUCAAGUGUGAAUGGAAUGCCUAUGGCCUUGUGUAUUUGUCUGUAUUUUAUUUCAUGUGAAUAAUGUCCUGUCAUAAUAUUGUUAUUAUCAUGUUGAUUGUUAUUAAUUUAAUGAAUGCCUUUCCCGUAAAGGUGGGCAAAAAAAAAAAAGAACAAAAAACUGUACAUUGUGAGUUAAACUAACGAUUUUACAUGAGUUGUGCUCUGAAAGAGAUGCUGAAUGUACUGUAAUUUUUUCAAGCUGACACGCGCGGGACAGACAGUGCGUCACUGUACUCUGCUGAGGCAACACUAUUAUUUAUUCAUCUAUUUAAAAGUGCAAUGAAGUGUUGCCAAUACACAUAUAAAAGGGCAAUACCUAAUAUACUGUACAAACAAAUCAUAACCACAGCAAAUACAUUCUGAAAACUUUAAAAAAAAAACCUGUGCAAGCUACUAAACACAGCAGUAACCCUGAACUUAUGGCCUUUACUCUGUCAUACUCACUCUGUGCACCUGCAGUUAACAUUUUGUUUUGAUUAACUUACAGUGGCGUGUGUAUGCGUGCGUGUGUGUGUGUGUGUGUGUGUGUGUGUGUGUGUGUGUGUGUGUGUGUGUGUGUGCGCGUGCGCGUGCGUGCACACCAUGGAACUCUGGACAGGGGUCUCUUGAUGCUCUGGAAAGUAGACAUUCAUAAGUGCAUUCAUGUCAGUGUACUGUAUGGUUCAUUUUGCCUGAGUGGAAAGGAUUACCCUUAAACCUUGUUUUGUAAUAAAUAAAUCUGCUUGCAGGAAAGCCACGGUGGUAUACGCAGGUGAA